GUGACCAAUAAGACAUAUGUAUUUUAUUAUUUCUAGAAUUUAACCGUUGUUACUGAUGUCAGUUAUUCCGACCAAAGCGUUAGAAAAAUGGCCCAAUCUCUGGAGUUGCCAUUUUAUGGAAAAUACUUAUUAAUUGCUGCCUUCUUAGCUAGUCACAACUCAGCCAAAGAAGAUAAACGUCUCUUCGUUAAACAUCAUGGAAAGCAGCGAAAACGUAUGCAAACAGUUAACGCUAAAGCAAAGGUGUCGGAGAAAAUGUCUACAUCUCUAGGACCCAAGUCUUUUAGCAUUGAUCGCUUGUUGGCAAUUUUCUACGCUAUACUCGAUGAAAAAGUUGGCUUAACAUGUAAUCUACUCUCACAAAUUUCUACCUUAGUCCACUUGAAGCUGCUUGGAUUUGUUAGUGGUGAAAGCAACGUUAUGGAUGGAUCUGCUCGUCUUCAGUGUACUGUCGGUCUAGAGUUUGUACUUUACAUUGGCAAAGUUGUUGGCUUUAAUGUAUGCCAGUAUUUGUGUGAUUUUAUGUAAAAUAUGUUUUAUACAUUUAUUAAUAAAAUUUUGAAGUUUUAAUUUAAAAA